AUAUGGAGCGAGACUCGAGGCGUGACGAGCGACGGAUAGCUUUUACGCGCGACGUGGAGCGUUUUCCAAAACUACAGAAGUUCAUGAGCCUGUUGCGUUAUGAGUGCUGGGGUGCUUGAAUGUCCUGCAGUUAUCAGACUCAGUGAAGCAGCCCUGGCUCCAGAUAAAUAGAAGUGAACUCAAAGACUUGGAGAGGAGCGAAUGUUUUUUUCUGUUUUUACGCACAAAAACCUAAAGUCGGAGUGAAAUCGCACUUGCGCACAUUUGGAUAGACUUUCUGCGCUCCAGACCCACGGAGACGCGCGAAGCACAGUCACAAUGAGCCACAAAAACAAAGUGGAGGAUGAAGCUGUGGUGGACAGAGGAGCAUCUUACAUCAAAAACGUGUGUGAUGAAGAAGUCGAGGGUCAUCACACAGUCUACAUUGGCGUUCACGUGCCUAAGAGUUAUCGUCGCAGACGACGACACAGACGACGGUCCAGUCACAAAGAGAGGAGAGAACGUGUGACCGAAAAUACAAGCGACAAAUCGGAUGCUGAGAAUGCAGAUGAACCUGCCUCCAGCAUCCUCAAACCGCUCAUCUCUCCUGCAGCCGAGCGGAUUCGUUUUAUUUUGGGGGAAGAUGACAGCGGCCCACCUCCACCUCAGCUCUUCACCGAACUGGACGAACUUCUUGCCAUCGACGGUCAAGAGAUGGAGUGGACGGAAACAGCCAGAUGGAUAAAGUUUGAGGAGAAGGUGGAGAAAGGUGGAGAACGCUGGAGUAAACCUCACGUUGCCACGCUUUCUCUCCACUCACUUUUUCAGCUGAAGAACUGCAUUGAGAAGGGAACCAUCAUGCUGGAUAUGGAGGCCAACUCCCUCCAGCAGAUCGUUGAGAUGAUCACGGAGAAUCAGAUCGAGAGCGGGCAGCUGAAGGCCGAUCUGAAGGAGACGGUCAUGUACACUUUGUUACGAAAGCAUCGGCAUCAGACCAAAAAGUCCAACCUGCGGUCUCUGGCUGAGAUUGGGAAGAGCGUGUCCAGUGCCAGUCGCCUAUUCAGCAAUCCGGAGAACGCGCGCGGUUCUAUCGAUCAAUCUGUGCCUUGCUUUACCACCUUUGAACUCGACGAACAAACUGAGAUGCUGAGAAGGCACAGCACAGGACUUUUCUGUAGCCCAACCACAGCCCAUCGUAACCUGACCUCCAACAGCCUGGUUGAUCUCGCAGACAAACCUGAGAAGGAUCAGUUGAAUAAUAAGUUCAUGAAGAAAAUUCCUCGGGACGCGGAGGCAUCGAAUGUGUUGGUCGGUGAGGUGGAUUUCUUGGACGCCCCAUUCGUGGCAUUCGUUCGUCUUCAGCAGGCCCUCAUGUUAGGAGGUCUCACUGAGGUUCCUGUUCCCACACGAUUCCUGUUUGUUCUCCUGGGACCCAAAGGAAAAGCCAAAUCGUACCAUGAAAUCGGUCGAGCCAUCGCCACGCUUAUGUCUGAUGAGGUGUUUCAUGAUAUUGCGUACAAAGCUAAAGAUCGUGGUGACCUGCUGGCAGGAAUAGAGGAGUUUUUGGAUGAAGUAAUUGUUCUGCCUCCAGGAGAAUGGGACCCGGAUAUCAGGAUCGAACCUCCUAAAUCUAUUCCCUCUGCAGAUAAACGUAAAAACAUCCAGGUGAAUGGAAGUACACCACAUGGCGCAGGAGCCGGGGACAGUGGAGGCCAUGGGGCUGGCGAUGAACUUAAAAUGACUGGCAAGUUUUGUGGAGGUCUCGUUCUGGACGUCAAAAGGAAACUCCCGUUUUUCGCAAGUGACUUCUACGAUGCUCUGAACAUUCAGUCUCUGUCCGCCAUCUUGUUCAUUUAUCUGGGGACCGUUACUAAUGCCAUCACUUUUGGGGGACUGCUGGGAGACGCUACAGAAAACAUGCAGGGUGUGUUGGAGAGUUUUGUCGGUACGGCGUUAACUGGUGUCGUCUUCUGUCUGUUAGCUGGUCAACCCCUUACCAUCCUGAGCAGUACUGGGCCCGUCCUCGUUUUUGAACGUCUGCUGUUUAACUUUAGCAAGGAUAACGAGUUUGACUAUCUGGAGUUUCGCUUGUGGAUCGGCCUGUGGUCGGGGUUCAUGUGUUUGGUCCUGGUGGCCACAGAUGCCAGUUUUCUGGUGCAGUACUUCACGCGCUUCACAGAGGAAGGAUUUUCUGCUCUCAUCAGCUUCAUCUUCAUCUAUGACGCUUUCAAGAAAAUGCUCAAACUGGCACACUACCACCCCAUCAAUUCCGACUACAACAUGGAUCUCGUCACCCAGUACGGAUGUCACUGUAAUCCUCCAGACGGCAACAAUUCGGCUGUCUACAUGGAGAAACUUGAAGCUCUGAUGAACAUCACUGGUCAGGAGCACAUGAACGCGACGUGGUCAUCGCUGACACGCUCCGAUUGUUUGGAAUUUGGAGGACAGCUGAUUGGUCCAGCCUGUGAUUAUGUUCCCGAUAUCACGCUGAUGUCCUUCAUCCUCUUCUUCGGCACGUACACCUGCUCCAUGGGUCUGAAGAAGUUCAAAACCAGCAGAUUUUUCCCGACAACGGUUCGCAAACUAAUCAGCGAUUUCGCCAUUAUUCUGGCCAUCUUGAUCUUCUGCGGGGUGGACGCCUUGGUCGGUGUGGAUACUCCCAAAUUAAUAGUGCCAAGUGAAUUCAAGCCGACGAGUCCACACCGUGGCUGGUUUGUUCCACCGUUUGGAGGAAACCCCUGGUGGGUGUACCUGGCGGCGAGCUUACCUGCUCUCCUCGUCACCAUCCUCAUCUUCAUGGACCAACAGAUCACAGCCGUCAUUGUCAACCGCAAGGAACACAAACUUAAGAAGGGGGCUGGCUACCAUCUGGAUCUGUUCUGGGUCUCUAUUCUCAUUAUCGUGUGCUCGUUCAUGGGACUGCCGUGGUAUGUGGCGGCCACCGUCAUCUCCAUUGCCCACUUAGACUCCCUUAAGAUGGAAACGGAGACGUCGGCACCUGGUGAACAGCCCAAAUUUUUGGGAGUUAGGGAGCAGAGAGUGACAGGAAUACUUGUGUUUAUUCUGACGGGUCUGUCUGUCUUCAUGGCACCUGUUCUGAAGUUCAUUCCUAUGCCUGUACUGUAUGGUGUGUUUCUCUACAUGGGCGUGGCCUCUCUCAAUGGUGUACAGUUUAUGGAUCGCCUGCAGUUGUUGCUGAUGCCAGCCAAACAUCAGCCAGAUCUGAUCUACCUGAGACACGUACCGCUCAGACGCAUUCAUCUCUUUACCUUCAUACAGGUGCUCUGUUUGGCUCUUCUGUGGAUACUGAAGUCUACAGUAGCAGCCAUCAUAUUUCCUGUUAUGAUUCUCUCAUUGGUGGCGGUCAGGAAGGCCAUGGAUUACUUGUUCUCUCAGCACGAUCUCAGUUACCUGGACGAUGUCAUGCCUGAGAAGGACAAGAAGAAGAAGGAGGACGAUAAAAAGACGAAGAAAAAGAAAGGAUCCAUUGACAGCGAGGCGAACGACUCGGAUUUUCCAGCCAUUGAAAAUGUUCCCAGUAUAAAGAUCUCAAUGGAGGCCAUGGAACAGAAGCCAAUGCUGGGGGAUAAACCCUCAGACGGAAGCAAAUCUACGUCCUUCCUCACUCCCUACUGAUGGAAUGCACUUUUUCCCUUCCAUGACUGUGUCAAGUCAGAAUUUAAACCCAUUUAAGAAGACCGUGCCUCAGAUUAAAAUCGAUCUGAACCCUGACAACAAGAAGUUCUUCUGGAAAUCUCCGACCACGGAAACGUCGCUUUAAACACUCAGAGACUCCUAAAAAUACGCCUUCAGAAGGUUUAGUCAUUCAGAUUCCUGUUAAAACAGGAAUUUUAGUUUUCUUUAUAUCUAAACAGAAAACAUUUAAACACUACAAUCAAUGACUGCACAAUCACACGCUCUUUACCAAAGAGUCAUUUUUAUUUAUUGCUUUUACUUCUCCAAGUGUCUUUAUCUUAAUGUUUUCGCUAACAUUACUGUCAUUAAAACAAAGAUAUUUUUGCUUAAGUAAUAAUUUUGGUUGUGGGUCCAGACAUUUAUGAAUCCAUUUAUGUUUUUCAUCUUCUGAUAAAUUAAGAAACUUUUAGAACCACAAUAUUUUAUUAGACAGAUAGCAUAGAUGUCCUCAGAAGCACAGAAUGGUGUCAUAAUUACAGAAUGAUGUCAUAAUUACAAAAUGAUGUCAUAUUCACAAAAUGAUGUCAUAAUCACAAAGUGAUGUCGUAACCACAGCGUGAUGUCGUAACCACAGAGUGAUGUCGUAACCACAGAGUGAUGUCGUAAAUCUCAGAGUGAUGUCGUAAUCUCAGAGUGAUGUCGUAAUCACAGAGUGAUGUCAUAAUCAGUCUUAAUGUACAAUCUGAUUGAAUGAUGAAUAUUUGUGGUUUGAGUUCUAAUUUUGGCCAAAAACUGCUCUUCAUGGAAAGAUCAAAUAAUCUGCAUGUAUCAACGAACAAAUAUCAGCAUCUCACUUCUUCUUUUAUACCUUUCUUGUUUUUGUUUGUGAAACUCAAACCCAUACUACACAUUACUGAACCACAAGGGUGGUAAUCGUUUUUUCCCAGUAAGGGAACUUAAAUGACUUAAAUCUUUCCUGCACUUAACAAGACACUUGAGUUUAAAGAUGUAUUUGUUUCCUAUGAUGGGAAACAUUCAAUAUGAAUAUAAUGUUCUAGUUCUACCUCUUGAUUCACUGUAGGUGCCAGGCACUCUGUGUUUGAGUGACACAUUUCUCUAUGCAGUACGUUACAGAUCUUAAAAUCAGUGUGAUGUUGAUUUGAUGGGAUGAAUGAGAUGCUUUAAACCGAUGUGUUGCAAUGUGAUUUAAUUUUUAUGCAUUUACUGUGAUAAUCAGUAAUCGAUUAUGAUGAUUUUAUUUUUUGGAUUUUUUAGCUGUACGUUUUUUUUUAAAGAAGUAAUAAUGUAGAUAAAGAGGUCUUUUUUACUGACUUUGAUUCCUCUCUGUAUGGACUCAAUAUUUAAAGUGGAACAUGGAAGCACAGCAUUGAGCAAACUUCCUUUAUGUGACUGCUAUUAAAAGCUUGUAUUCAACACUGCUAUACGAUUCAGUCAGCAAAUUAGGUGUAGUAUAUUUUGAAAUGACGACAUAUGCAUGAAAUGAUCAACAAUCAUUAAAACUUGAAUAUAGAAACACAAGUCAGUGUUUGUAAAUAGAUCUUUUGUAGCAAAUCAUCUCGGAUCAAUGAUGUCUUCCACGAGUUGUAUUUCUUUCGAUUGUAUUAAAUUGCCUGUGAGCGAACGGCUAUCUCACCUUCGUAACGCAGGGUGAUGUCGUUUUCAGAAGUCAUUUCUUUUCGACACAGAUGUUUUUGUUUUCUGUAUUUAUUAUACCCCUCUCUCUUUUAUUUGCUCUUAUUGUGAAGGUGAUGCUCCAGGCAAUAAUGAUGAGAUUUGCAGUUAAUCGCUGUUGUGUAAAAGGGAAUCACCUUGUGACUUUGUGACAUGGCAGGCAAAUUAAAGCGAUUAUAAAAAGGA